CUCAGUGUUUCCACUGACCCCCCCACAUCAGUGCUGCGGCUCAGAGAAGAUGGCACUGGCUGACACGGAGCACGGAGUGUCCAACUGCGGUGACUCCGGCUCCCCGUUCCCGGAGAUCAUCGAGCUGAACGUCGGUGGACAGGUGUACGUCACCAGGCACAAAACUCUCAUCGCCGUCCCGGACUCGCUGCUGUGGAACAUGUUCAGCAAGAAGUCCCCCAAGGAGUUGGCGAGGGACAGCAAAGGGCGCUUCUUCUUGGACAGGGACGGGUUCUUGUUCCGCUACAUCCUAGACUAUCUCCGAGACCUGAACUUGGUCCUGCCGGACUACUUCCCGGAGAAAAGUCGUCUGCAGAGGGAGGCCGACUUCUUCCAGCUGCGGGACCUGACCAAGCAACUCAGCCCCCGCGUGAGUAAGGACAACUCGAUCAGCGAGGAGAUCGGCCAGAGCGACACGGAGGAAGGCGCGCAGCAGCAGUGCGGUCCCUCCGGCGGCGCGGAGACUUUGCGCGCCGUGUCGGUCGGCGGGGCCAUGCGCUCCCCGUCGCUGGACUCCAGGAAGUCGGGCUACAUCACGAUAGGAUACCGCGGCUCGUACACCAUCGGCAGAGACAUCCAGACCGACGCCAAAUUCCGGAGGGUGGCGCGCAUCACGGUAUGCGGGAAGACGGCCCUGGCCAAGGAAGUGUUCGGGGACACGCUGAACGAGAGCAGGGACCCGGACAGGCCCCCGGAGAGAUACACGUCCCGGUACUAUCUCAAGUAUAAUUUUCUAGAGCAGGCGUUUGACAAGCUGACGGAGAUGGGCUUCCACAUGGUGGCCUGUAGCUCCACGGGCACCUGCGCCUACACCAGCAAUGACCCGAACGAGGACAAAAUCUGGACGAGCUACACUGAAUAUGUCUUCUGUCGGGAUUAACCAGCAGGUCGAGGUUGAUGUAAAUAGACAUUUCAUAAUCUAGAGGGGAAUGUCUUUUUGAUAUAGUAUUGCGUCUGCUGUGGUGAAUGUCGAGUGACUGCAACGCAUUGCUCCUUUAUUCUAAGAAUAAUGCUCUGGUUUGUUUUUGUUUUCUUAAAACCAGAGACACAAAAUGCCACUAAAUAGAAUCCACACAAACCAGUGGAAAUCGAAUUUGGACGCUCAAAAAAUCCAAAAGUCCCAUACAGUGUGGAAAACACCCCAACAAAAACACCAUCAUCUCCACCUCAUAGAACUGCAUAUGAACGUCUCAGUCAUGUCUGACUCAGUGCUGUGUGAGUUGAGCAGUAUCCAAGAAGCAGCAAUUAGUAUUCAGUGUCUUUGUAACUUCUUUGCUUGAUCACAUGUGUUGGCCAAGUCUUGUAUCAUCCAACAGGCUCUCAUGCAUCCCUGUUCUAUCACUGACAUGACUGUAAGUGUAUCUGCUUGCUCGGUAGUUGUGUUUGUUUAAAAAACCUGUUCAGGUGAAAUAAAAUCUUGUACUCGGCUAUUCUCAGCACCCUUUGGCAAUCAUCCUGUCUUCUUCUCGUCAUCUGCACAAAGUGCACUACAGAGCCGACAUAGCAUUCAUCCCCAUUUCGACCGUUUCAACAAAGAGUCAGCCUCAAAGGGAGAUGCCGUGCCCAGGGAACGCCAGCCAUCUAAAGCUGCCAGCUCAACAAAAUCUGUCACAGUUUUGACUUACGAAAUCCGGGGCCACGAACUUCCCAUUGGCUCCGACUUGGGUCCAUCACAUCAUAUCUAUUUUCUAUUCAUCUUCGCCCUGUUAUUAACUCACACAAGCAGAAAAACCUCCACAUAUAGUUGCAUGUGAAUACUGUAGGAGGAAUCCGUGCCCAACUAUCCGUUUUUUUGUCACACAAAUUCAUUCACAUGCCACGCUGAUGCAAAUGGUACAGCUGCACACACAAUGUCAUUAUCAUUUCAAGUGUAAAUAUUGAAAGGGUCCAGCUGCACACGAAUAGGAUGGUCCGGUCUACCAGGGAGAAUGAAUGGAGAGUGGAUUUUGGUGCACCUCUUGUUGCAAGAGCAGAGUUAUGCC